CGUAGCAAGUCGUAGUCGCGCAGCGUAAACGCAGCUGGUUGAAGCUGUACUUUUCUUGUUCGUUCGUCCGACUCGGCGAACCUAGAGCGAACGCCGAACCGGCUCGCACACUAUACAAAUUGCCGCUUCACGCAAACGCCUUUUCUCGUUCUUCGAUCCUCUCAUCCACGAGACCCACACACGUGCUUGUAAACAAGUGGUCGCCAUUGUCGUGGACAAGCCCCGCGAUUGCUGUCAUUCUCAGUAUUGGACAGGCUGUGCAUUCAAGUUAGGACACGUCUGAGCAAAGCUAGUUGUUUAGUUCAGUGCAAAACGGGAAGUGGCAAAACAUCCCGCCAAGCCGAGGUCAGUGAGUGUCUCGUGUAUUUAACCUGGUGUGAAGCUCCAAGAUUUCAAGCUUUUCAAAGGACUGUAGACUCGGGAGUUAAGACUGAGUGAAGAAAAAAGGUGCCAGAAAUUUUUUUCCUGUUGAAAAAAGGAGGAAAACAGUGCCGCCGAGGAGGUUAUGUUCAAAUACACAACGGAAGAAAGGUUAUAACGGCUUAGCUGUCGGUGUACGAAGCGGGUCAUGCACGUAAGAUAACGGAUCGUCCAGUAGUAGUGCUUGCAGUAGAGUUGCUGUGUAGUGACUUGACGAAGCCGAGUGAAUUGUAAGAAGGAGCUGGUGACCGGAAAUAGACAGCAGUAAAAAGUAAGCAGAAUGGGUGAACGACGAGGUACUAAAGCCCUGGAGCUAUGGUGCAGGCGGAUAACGGAGGGUUAUCAAGGUGUAAACGUGCAAAACAUGACUACCUCGUGGCGAGAUGGUCUCGCCUUCUGUGCGAUGAUUCAUCACUUUCGGCCUGACCUCAUAGACUUUGACCUCCUGAGCAAGGACGAUGUUUACGGAAACAACGAGUUGGCAUUCAGGAUAGCGGAGCAGCAUCUGGGGAUUCCAGCUCUUCUGGAUGCGGAGGACAUGGCUUCCUGCGCUGUGCCCGAUCGUUUAUCGAUUCUCACCUACCUCUCGCAAUUCUAUCAAACCUUCGGAGGAUCAUCUCCGAGUCGAUUGGCUCUAAACACGACGACUGAGAAUACCAGUGAAAGAAUUGCACCCGUGCCAGAGUCUCCUAAAUCCAAGAUGGGGUCACGUUUGGGGAUGCGAAGGGAUCCGUGCGCCGUGUGUGGGCUUCCCGUCUUCCUCGCCGAGAAGCUGGUGGUCUCUAGGACCCUCUAUCACCGCACAUGCUUUCGUUGUGCUCGGUGCAAAAAUCAACUAACACCUGGAAACUACUACGAGACUGAGGAGGAUCAAUAUUGUUGUGAAACUUGUCCAGAUGAAGAAUGUUUGACGCUCCCAACAAUGCACCAGAGCUACAACGAGGCCAUAGUCCAGAGCUCAAAUCGACUACAAACUUCAGACGAUGUUUAUCAAAAGCCUCUCAGUGACGAGGAAAAAUCAGAGCAGGUCGGUUUGCCAGCACCCAAGGACACUGGAAGCCCACCAACUUUAGCGAGGAUUUCAUCAACUUCAGAGAGCACCUUACACACCCAGAAGAUGAGGCUCAACUUUAUGGCGAGUCACCUGCUCUCCGAGAAACUUAACGAUCUCUCUGUAGUUGAUGGAGCAGAGACUCUUUUCCAAUCGUCAGCCUCCAGCGAUAGUGAAAACUCUUUGGAAGAAGAACACUUGGCAUCCCCAGACUCUUCUCCGCCCUGCUUGUCUAAUAGGGACGAGUUUGGUGCUAGAAGAAGGAACCCUAUAAAUAAACUAGAGGAAGAGAGUAGAUCUUUCGGAAAUCAGCGCCUUACUGCCAUUUCGUCCCAUGACGUAGAUAAUAAGAGUCUAGUUCUUAAGGAAAAUACCAAAGACUUACUCGGCGAGGCUGCAACCAACCCUCCCUCCCUCGUUCAGCAAAGACUGAAGAUGUUUGAGGACCAGGAGACCGACGACGUCAGAUCUAAGGCUGCUAUUUUGAAGAAAGAUUUGGAGCCAGCAAAACAAACAAAGAGGAAAGAUGAAUCUUUGCAGUCGAAAGAUUUUGAACCAAAAGAAUCCCUUGAAUCGGAAAAAGCCCUUGAAUCAAGAAAAAACCUUGGAUCGAAAAAACCCUUAGAGUCGACAGAUACGUCUGAGAUUUUGAAGGAGGUCGCAAAUAGUUGCGAGAUGGUAGAACCACUUUCCCUCCCCGAUAAAUGCGUCAGCGUUGUCGACGUGAUGCACAAUAUGAUUGAAGAUGGGGAUCCACAGACAAGUAAUGUCAGUACAGAAUCUAAUUUAUUUACCACAAAGGGGAUCAAUCUCAGUGACAUUGAGGAGUAUCCUGAAGCCUUAAAUCCUUUUGCCGACGAGGAUGAGCGGAUCGAGAAGGAACAGGCAAAUAGUUCUACUAAUCCUUUUGACAGCGAGGAGGAUGAGAAUCCUAGAGAAACUGCUUUUAAUCCCCAGCCUGCUACAAGAGGAACUGUUGUCGGGAAAGAAAAGAGUGAGCAGGCCCCUAUUAAGCGACGUUUGCAGGCGCCUCAUAUUAAUUUGAAUCCGUUUUUGAGCGAUGAAGAUGAUAAUAAUGAUGAUGCUGAUAGUGAUACCGAGCUCGCGGGUAAAACUAUCCCGACUGGUUGGCCGGUUCCUAAACCAAGAGCUAUCAAGAAAACUGAAGUAGGUCUUUUGCCUUCGAAGUCAGAUUUGGAGCGAAGCGGGAUUUACGCCUCAAAUUCUUCGCUGGGCAGCUGCGGAUCAACAACUACACCUGGAGGAACUUAUCGAAAGAAAAAACCUGCACCUCAGCCACCUACCAAAGAAACUCUUUCUCCUAGUAAUUCUAAUCCAGCCACGCCAACUCAUGCUAGCACAUCGCCUCGUACAACACCGCGCUUAAAGAAAGCAAAACCAGCUCCACCACCGCCUCUCACUACUAGUACACCUCAGAGUCAAUCUCUUGCAAUGAAUUUGAGCUUUAAUGAAUCUCCGAUUGUCGAGUUGGAUGAUGAGGGGGAUAUUUGUAAAGUUCACAUAUGGGAGUAUCAAAAGUCCAGCAAGGACGAAGUGAAUAGGAAUAGGCAGAGCCUAACGUGUAUCGAUAAUCCACCAUACAUAUCCCAUACAGAUAAGAGCGUACAAGGAAAAUGGAAAAGAAAAAAAGGCCCCGCUCCCCCUCGACCGAUUCCUCACAGGCGAAAGAUUAAAGUGUUAUCGUUGAAGGAUGUCAAAUUAGAAUUAGACGAAAUAGAAGUGCAGCAGCAAGGUUUAGAAAAGCAAGGGGUGCGUUUGGAACAAAUAAUUCGGGACAAGACUGAAUCAGAUGUAAGUUCAGGAGUAGAUGUUGAAGAAUUGGUGCUAGAGUUAUUUUCUCUCGUUAAUGAAAAGAAUGAGCUUUUUCGAAGGCAGGCGGAAUUAAUGUUACUGCGGCGACAGCAGCGGUUGGAAGAAGAGCACGCAGAUGUAGAAUAUCAAAUUAGGUGCCUUAUGUGCCAACCUGAAGCUACAAAAACGGAUUUCGAUAAACAGAGAGAAGAAACUUUAAUUCAAAGGUUAGUGCAAAUUGUUGAAAGGCGGAAUGAGAUAGUAGAGUGCCUUGAAAUGGAUCGAAGAAGAGAAGUUGAAGAAGACCGCAGUAUUAAUAAACAUAUGGGCUUAUACGCAGCCAAGAGCAAAAUUGAUCCUGCUAGUGAUAAUGAUGCAGAUCGUCCGCCCAAGUCCAAGAAGGGGAAGUUUAAGGAGAAAUUAAAAGAGAAGAAGCUAAAGAAAAGCCAUAAAAAGGAUGCUGAUAAGGAUAUAGACGAGGCUGAAGUAAAACUUAAACGCCAUAUCAAAAGAAAGUGGUUUUAACUUUUGUUUACUAUUGUUACUUG